CAUAAAGAUUAAUAAUGAAUUACAUCAUAAUAUUAGUAAUUAUAAUUAUUUCACUUUAUAUCUUUAAAGGAAAUGGGGAUAGAAAAAGUAAAAUUAAUUCAAAAAUACCUUCACCGUUUAAACUACCAAUAUUAGGGAAUUUAUUGUCGAUGAGCGGUGAUUUACAUUUACAAUUUGAUAAAUGGUAUAGACAACUUGGUUCUAUUUAUAGAAUAAAAGCAGGUUCAGUCGAGUGUGUGGUAUUAACUGGAUAUCCUAUACUUAGAAAAGCAUUUGUGGAGCAUUCAGAAGCAUUUGCAAGUAGAUAUCGUUUGGCUAGUAAACUACAACUUAACGGAUGUGAGGACAUUGCAUUUGAAAAUAAUCCAAGACAUGCAAUUUUAAAAAAGGUAACUCUAUCAGAAAUGACAUCUGUUAAAAUAAAGAGAAUGGAAGAUCACAUUAUUAAAGAAACUGAAAAACUUAUUUCACUAUUAGACAAGCACGCUGAAGAUGGAAAGCCAUUCCAAAUCAAUGGUUAUUUGCAUAUGUUUUCAUUAAAUAUUAUUCUUAGAUUUUUAUUUGGUGUUGACUAUCCAUACGAACAGGUUAAUCAAUCUGCUGGUAUUAUCAAAACUGUUCAAGAUUUCUUUAUUGAAGCUGGCAAACCUAUAGUAACCGAUUUCCUUCCGUUCCUCAGCCAACCAGAUCCAAAGAAACACCCAUAUUUCGUCUCUUAUGCCAAGCUUGUAAAGGAAGUUGAAGACUUGAUCGAAAAGGAUCAAAAACAACGUGAACAAGAUAAAAGCUCAAACGAUGAACAAAACCAAACCAUUCUUUCAAAGCUAAUUAAAGAGUAUGAACAAGGUAAUAUUACAUGGAACGGUGUAACCAAUACUGCUAUUGAUAUAGUUGCUGCUGGUAGUGAUACAAGUGCAAACACCAUGAUUUUCUGUUUAAUUUCUUUAGCCAAUAACCCAGAUAUUCAAAAGAAAGUUCAUUAUGGUAUUUCAUCAUCACUUUCAGGAAGCAAUGAUAUUGUUGCUACACACAGCAAAUAUCACUCAUCCCUCCCAUAUCUAUCAAUGGUUAUCAAAGAAACCUUUAGAAAAUAUCCAAUUGCAGUACUAGGUAUUCCACACGAACUUACCCAAGACGUAGAAAUUGGAGGUUACGAUAUUGCAGCAGGUACUCUUAUUUUCCAAAAUAUUUAUUCAUCGCACAGAUCAGAAGAGUUCUUUGACCAACCAUCAGAGUUUAUUCCUGAAAGAUUCCUCGAAACUACCAAUUUAAAUUAUGGAAGUUCUACAAAUCUUGUUCAUUUUGGUGUCGGUGUUAGAGAUUGUAUUGGAAAAUCGUUGGCUUCUGCUGAAAUCUUUACAUUAUUAGCUACAUUAUUAAAUCGUUAUCAAUUCAUCAAUCCAAAUGAUAAACCAUUAUGCGAUAUUGGUGUAUUUGGUUUAGCUUAUCAACCUCCUCUAACCAAUUUAAUAAUCAAAAAAAUUAAGUAA